GUUUGUUUCCAUGUGUUCAUAUUUGUGAGAGAAAAUUCAGUUGGUGUGGCGCCUGCUACAUGGGUAGAAGAGAUAAAUGGGGUUAAGAUGUGCUACUGGCCCCCUAAAAAUGCCAGUGGCAUGGCAAAGACAUACCAAAUUCCGGAUAAGAGACUCUGGAAACGAUACCAGAUACGGAUCAUCUCAAGCACUGACAACUGCAAGACAGCCAGAAAAAGAGCCAUGAAAGCCACUGAAAGCUCCAAUGUGGAAAGUGAGGAGGAAUAGAAAAGGCGGAAGAGAUCUGUCCCUUCUAGGUACAGGACAGAUAGUGAAAGUGAGGAUGAGAUACCACCCCCCAAAAAAACAAAAACUAAAUUUCCUCAAAACCCACCAACCUUCCCUAAGGCUCCAAGUUACAUACCACCACCUCACUUCACCGUCACUGCCCAUGCAAACGAGGACGAUGAGCAAUCCAUGGCUGCAUUAACUGAAGACACUUCUUCAAAUGACAACACACACACUGACAGCCAGGCACAGACUACAGUAAAUGCAGAUCUCUAUGAAAAAAUUGCAGAGUCUGAAAAGCGGGUCCUAAUGGCAAUUCAGAGAAUGCAGGCAGACAUAGCCAAUUCAAUGGAACGCCUGGUCCAGGCUAUUCAAAACAAUAAUCCUGGUCCAGGGGCAUUUAUGACCAUCCAGCCACAUGAGGCCAUUGAGAGGCCCUGCAGAACAGUGCAGGAGCUGUCAGUACUCCAACUGAAAUUAGAGGGCUUCCAACAACAACAAAUCAUGACCAAGUUUUUGAAACUGACGGGAGGUAGCAGCAUUGGGGACGCUGUCCGAAGAAUACUUCGGAAAGUUGCAACGAACGAGACAUGGUCCAACUACAGCCUGAAAGGGCGAAAGGGAAAACUGCCCUUCAUGGGGACAACCCUUUACAAAAUUGUUUUACUUCCCAAGGGUGAGCGAAAAGGAGAUCGAGGCGUGGAUAGGAGAUACCCUCAAGCAUGCACCUCACUGUGCCACGGUGGUCCCAAUAACUGCACCAGAAGAAGAAUCUGGGGCACCAGAAGAAGAAUCUGGGGCACCAGAAGAAGAGGAAAAUAGUGAUUAAGCCUUCUCACAUUCUCUCACUAUAACUCUCUGACUCCUAUAAUUUCUAUGUUUAUUAUUUCAAUAAAAUAAUUUA